AUGACAAACCAGCGCGAGUUGAGAAGAUCCAUACGACCGCCUUCGACCAUCGCGAUUCCCAAGAUCUGCGCACUCAACGGCAUGAUGGUGUGCCACCGGUUCUACGAAGAGGCUGCAUCUACCUGGUUCCGAGUCCGCAGCAUCGAGUGCAGCGACUUUGACCAUGGAAAUCUCAUUCGAGCUUCGAAACUUAUACAGCGCAACAUUGUGAGCUUUGGUUUUGAAUGGCAACGUCGCCUAGACCGAUGCGCGGAGCUCAAGUUGUGCGCAAAGCUUCGCAAACUGCGCAUCGUGGUCUCUGACCGUGUCUUCGACAUGUUUGAGGACCGUCUCUGCUUCGUGCAUGACUUCAAGGACGAUGAUUUCUUCACUAUGAAGAUGGUCCAAGAUAUUCUCGAUAUCGCGACGAUCGAGCGAGUCGAGGUAGUCCCAGCAGAACCCAACGUCAUCUCUCUGGCCCAGACUGACGAGGAGGUGGCACAGUGGCACAAGAAUGUCACUGCACUCCAGACAUGCGUGAAUCGCGAGAUCGAUCGCGUUUGGGAGGAGGAGGAAGCCUACAUCGAAAAUCAAGGGUAUCAGCCAGAAGAGAUUGUAAAAGCGCCAGUCGAGAACUCGUUGUCAGACAAAGCAGUGCGUAAGCUAUGCAAGUCUGUGAAAAAGGCAGCCAAAAAGCUGGAUGGCUCCACCAAGGCGUCAACAUCGGGAAAGGUCACGCUGGUUGUCAAAGAGGCGAAAAAGGUGCAAGGAAGUACAAGCUCGACAGAGGUCUUGUUAUCAGGAUCAAGAGACAAAAUGUCGGAGAACAUCAAUCAUUCAGGAAAACAUGGGAUGAUCGACAUUGAUCUCUCGAGAAGCCCUGAGGGUCCAGUAGACAACAGGGAAUCUGGCGAGACACAUGACGGCACCCCGAACAUGACGAUCCACGAGCCUGCUAAGGUGCUAGCGCAGAAGCAGAUGCUGCAAGAUCUCUCCAUCCAGGACUCGCACUACUCGGUAGUCCUGUGCUUCGCUGCUCUUAUGCUGAUCUGCUCGAUCUCGAACAGUGUAUCACUGUGGGUGCUGGCCAGCAAACUUUGA